AUGACAGAAGUUACUUCCGUAGAUUCUUCCGUAAGUAAACCAGAGAAUUCGUAUCAUGAAGUUCGAAGAGCAAUUAGCCAAUUUAUUGAAUUUGGCAUUUUGCACUUUGGUGUGAGUAUUUUGAUAUUCACAGUACAAUUUAAAUUAAUCUAUGAUCUUUUGAGAUGCAAGGUCAGGCUGAAAUUUUACUUGGUAUCAGCUGAUCGGGAUCUUUUAUUACUUCAAUACUAG